GCGCGCACGUGUGUUAAGGCUCGUGCUGCGUUGAACAAACCGAUUCAGUGGCUUCGAAUAUCAUAAACAGUUUCGUUUCAUCGCGUUCACGAUGACUGGAGCAAAAGACAGAAUGAGACAGAAAAAGAUGAAAAAUCAGCCGAGAAACGUGACAUACGGCAGCACAGUAGGUCGCAGUGUUGAAAGAGGUCAGGGGUCACAGGCCAGUGGCUGGGUCAGAGGUCAUCAGGCUGGCGGUCAGGGAUACAGUCGACAUCUGCCCAAAUACAUCACAGCGUCUCACUUUGCAAAUGCUCGCGCGGCAGAAGUCAAUGGCAUGCUGAAGGCUGUCAGUAAACCUGCAGGCAGCUGUCACGUGUUCAACGCGCUGCCAAAACACAUGCGCAGACGAGCCAUGAGCCACAACACCAAGAGACUGCCGAGCCGUCUACGAGAGGGCGCUCACAAACUGAUGGAGCGCAGUCAGCAAACAGAGAAAGAGAAGAAACAACUGCCCAAAAGGAGGAGUCGCAGAGCUCGUCGUCGUCAUGGCAACCUGCUUCUCGAGUUUAAUCGCAGACAGAGGAAGAAUAAGUGGCUUGAGACACACAUUUGGCACGCCAAACGCUUCCACAUGCUGAAAAGAUGGAGUUACUCUCUGCCACACAAACCCACUGCAAAAACCUUCAGAUCCAGUUACAGAGCCAUGAACACACACGCCUUACUGCAGGAUUUGUCGUAUUUCUGUUGUUUGGAGCUUCAAGGUUCUGAAGAACUAAUACUGAGAGCACUUGUCCGACUCACCAGCAAAGACACAGGUCCCACGUUUGGUGCAGAGUUGUUUCUUUCAGGUUCUCGUCAGGGCAGCAUUCACCUGUACAGAGCAGAUCAGUUUCCUCACGGUUCUCUGGGACCAGCUGACUUCCUGUGGAGACCCCGGGCCCCUCACACAUCACACAGACAGCUGUGGAUCUGGAUCCAUCCGGCCCUUAAAGCGGAAGUUGUGUCUGAGCUGCAGCUGGUGUGUCAGUGUUUUGAGGUUUUGUCCACCUCUGAGGAGAUUUGUUCUGUUGAAGAGACGCUUGUAGGGCAGAAGAGGAAGAGAGAUGAUGAAGACUGCAUUAACGCUCCCUCCAAAAAGCUUUUGGGUGACUGUACGCGGGCUGCUGGGACCCCCGUGCGCUGGGGGUCUGCUGAUACUGCCAUCACAAUCAGUGACCUCACCAUGGAGAUUGUGCGUUAUCGUCUGAUUGGUCCUCUGGCCCAUAUGGUUCUCACAGAUACACUUCAGCCAGCCAAUGAGGACAAAGAGACGGUCGAGCCAUCAGGUUUCUGGUGGCCCAAUCACAGUAAAGAUCAGACUAACAUGAGGCUCCAUCAACAACAGACAGACACAUUUCAGCUUUUGAGAGGAGUUUGUUCAACAGGAGAGAUUCCAGCGGGCUGUGUGUUAGGACUGACUGUCGAUGACCCCAGACUCAGUUUACCUCAGAGACGCAGUAAAACCGUUCCUGACCUACAGCCGAGCGCAGAUGAGUGCCGGGUGAGAGAUUUGACUCUCAGAGGAGUCGUAGCUCACUGCAGUGAAAGUGCGCUGUGGGAUGCGUCUGUUCGACACGGUGUGACACACAACCAAAUGCCCCAACAGGAGCUCAACAGGAUGAGGAGCGAGGCGUUGGUUCCAGGUUCCAGGUUGGCCGCUCCACCUCAGUCUCGCGUUCCAGUGCUGCUGGUUCAUCAGCCGGGUCGAGUGCGUGGUGAGGAGCGGAGACACUGGGGAUCUGGCUGGGAUCUUCUGCUUCCAAAAGGCUGGGGCAUGGCCUUCUGGAUCCCUCUGGUGUAUCGAGGUGUCCGUGUCGGCGGUCUGCACAUGAGUGUCAAGCAUUCUCAAUUUAAGGGUCAACCUCAUUUCCCUCACGAUUACCCAGACUGCCCUGCAGGGACGCUCUUCCAAUCAGAGCAGGAGGCAGAGCUUAUAGAAAAGUUUAAAAGGCGUCCUCCAUCAAAACGCACCAACUACAUCAAACAUGGAUGUCUUGCGCCGUUCUGUUGCCCUUGGCAACAGCUGACAGAGGAGUGGGAGGAGUUAAUGAAGCUGAAUGAAGGGACCUCAAGCAUCUGCAGAACCAGACCACCAGAAUACACCGUUCUCAGGAGUCUGAGGGUUUUGAGGCAGCUGUCAGUGUGGUGUCGUCCUUCUCGCAGUCGACGAGCGACCCAUCCGCCAUUAACCCCCGAGGUGGCUGCGGCGCUGCAGGGAGAGUGGGGGCGGAGUCUGAUGUGGGUGCGUUUGCGUUUGUUGAGUAAGGGUCAGCCAGCUCUACACGCCAUGGUGUGUGUCCCCACCGUCUCUGAUCUCCAGCUUCUGCUUAAAGACGGACGCAGCAGCGGACCCCUUGAGCCCCUGCACAAAGACCACGUCAAGAACAUGCUAAAGUGCAAACACAAAGCCAGCCACGCCUCUAAAGGCUCAAUCUCCGCCCCUCAUACGAACGCCAGCGAGGCUCUGCCCAUCGGGCUCAUUAGAGGCGUGUGGCCGCAGCCUCUGCCCAGCGUGUUGUCUCACUGCAGUCGGCUGACGCUGGGCUGGGUACAGAAAGGCGAUUUCUCUCUGGCCACCGGCUGCGGUGAAGCGCUGGCAUACAUCAGCGCGUCUGGACUCCUGCACACGUUACUGCAGCAGCCGCAGGAGCAGCGCGGUAUUGUUCUCCUGCGUAACCCUUCAUCGCUGCAGUACCGUUACGCUCAGAUCGUUGUUGAUAUUUAACCCCAGAGACUGAACGUCGCAUGACCAAACACGUUCAAUGUGUUAUUCUAAGGGCACUAAAUAGACUGCUGUUUUACUGUUUUUGUUGGCUCAGCAUGUUUACAGGUAAAUGCACCACAAAUUUGUUUUAUUUUUACGUGCAUAAACUGCUGCAGUACGAGAGUAACUUUGAUUUAUGGUAAACAUUUAAAAACUCUGUCAUCAUUUAUUCACUCUCAAGUUGUUAUAAACCUGUAUAAAUGUCUUUGUUCUGUUGAACAUAAAGAAAGAUCAUUGGAAAAAUGUUAGCAAAUGACAUUUCUACAAACAUUAUUGUAUCACUUAUUUUUUGAACACAAAAUAAGAUAUUUUGAGGAAUUUAGGACAGCAAACAGUUCUGGGGCACCUUUGACUACCAUUUUAAUUUGUAGUCAGUGAUGUCCCAGAAAUCCCAGUUGCUAAUAUUUUUCCAAAUAUCUUUCUUUGUGUUCAACAGAACAAAGACAUCUAUACAUGUUUGGAACAAUUGGGGGGGGGGUAAUUCAUGACAGAACUUUAAUCUUUGGUUGAACGAUCCUUUUAAGUACUGUGACCGUUCUCAUUCUGAUGUGUCAGCAUCACGUCUUUCAGUUUCUGUUUCUGACCAAAUAAAAAAGUGUUAAUAAAUGAAUCUUCCAGAAAUUUGUGUGAUUCUCUU